AUGACGCUCUACUACAGUCUGGUAUUUGUUCUUCUGGUGGCCGAGAUGCUACUCUUUAUGGCUCUCAUCGUCCCCUUGCCGUUCACCGUGAAACGCAAGAUGUUCAAUUUCAUUUCAGAAAGCCCGUUGGUUGCAAAAUUACAAUAUGGAAUGAAGAUCACCUUCAUUUUCAUUCUUAUUCUCUUCCUCGACAGCGUCAAUAGAGUUUAUCGGGUCCAGGUCGAAAUGGCCGCUUUGAUGAAAGACACCACUGGAGCAGGACGAGCCGCGGCAAUUGGUUCCGAACGCAUGGAAGUUCAAGCUCGCAGAUUCUACUCACAACGCAACAUGUACCUGACUGGCUUUACCCUCUUCCUGUCUCUGAUCCUCAAUCGCACCUACGGCAUGAUCCUCGAUGUCCUUCGUCUCGAAGAGAAAGUUAAGAUGUACGAAGGAAAUCACAAGGCCGGUGGUAAAGAAGGCGAAAAGCUCAGUCCAGAGUAUCGUGCAGAUCAGAUCGGUGAACUCAAGAAGCAACUCCAGAAGAAAGACAAGGAACUGGAAGCGAUGAAGAGUCAAGCUGAAGGACUUCAGAGAGAAUAUGACGAGUUGAGCGUCAAGUACAACCAGUUGAACCCGAGCGGUGGCGACAAGAAGAGCAACUGA